AUGAUCAGUGAUCAGCAACUCAAAAAUUUUCGGCUUGAUUACAUUGCCAACAAAAAGAUAAGAGAAGAUGGCCUUAUUAAAUUGCCAGAAAACAGAAGUGACUCUGAAUUUGUCAAUAUCAUGAGUGAAAUCUAUUAUGAUUCCUGGGAUUUUACCAGUUUUUAUGUCGAAUAUAUUCAAAGAACUCACAGAUGCAACGCAUAUUUCAAAAUGAAAUAUUUGUUUCAAAAUCCAAAACUUAAAAAAGUAAAAGUUGAUGGAGAAUCAUGGUUUGACAAGAGUUCAUACUCCCCUGAAAAAUUUUCCCAAGAUGUUUUGACAUAUUGGGCUUCAUUUUAUCGGUAUGCAUCAGUUGGUGAAUACAAUUUAAUGACGACAUUUGCCACAGAAUGCUUAAAAGAACCUGCAAAAGUUUGUUCCAUUGAACUUUCAGGAACUGAGUUAUUUCAUGCCGAUAUACCUUUAUUUUGCAAAGACUAUAUCAACGAUUUUGUCCAAGGAGGCAAUAUUUCCAUGGAAAACCGGAAAGUGAGAUUUAAAGACGAAGUGGAAAUUUGUAUGUAUCCUCCAAAUGAUUAUGCUCUUGCUUAUGAAGUCAGUUAUGCUGAAGUUUUCAGAGGAAAUUAUUGCCGAAAGUCGCUUGGAUCUUUGUACGGCGAAAAAGAUCUAUGCCAUGGUAACUUUACCAAAUUUCAUGAAAAGUCCAAGUUUUUAGAUAUUGGCGAUUUUAUAAAAAAUUGGCACAUGAAUGUCAGUAAUCAGUGCUCUUCUUUAAAAAAAGAUUACACGCCAAAGUCAAUAUUGAAAAAAACACGAGGUACAUCCUAUGCGCCUCCAUCUGAAUUCUUCCCCUCAUACCCUAUUUUCAUUUCACCUAGCAGCUCUGGUCGCCGACAUUUACAAAAUUAUCCAGCACUUGUGCAAUAUUCUAGAAUGAAUGCUUGCAUGGGUGUGCGCUCACCACCCCCAUCAAUUCUUGACUACAAGCCUCAAUACACUUUGAUGGAGAAUGCAGAAUAUAUGAUAUUGAGUUUUAAUUCAUUGAUAAAAAUGGAGAUUUCAGAAGAAGGUACUUCAGGUUGGAAUGAUGUGGAUUAUGUGGAAGAUAAUAGUGGUUUGUUUUUUGAUUUGAUUAAGGCUCAGAUUACGCUGGCAAAAAGCAAGAGAAAAGACGAUAAUAUUGCUGGAGAUAAUUCAGGGGAUGAAUUAAAAAUAAAGUCAUUUGAUAAAGAAACUGUUAAAGAAACACAGAAGGCCAAAGAAUCAUUAGUUUUACAACUAAAUGAGUCUAUGGUUGAAGCUUUUGAUUAUGUUGAAAAGACUCCCACAAGAGAUUUGAUGAAGGAAUAUAAAAAGACUAAAAAAAAUGUUUCCAUUGAUGUUCCAAUUGCAUCAACUAAAAAGACCAAGAUUUUAAAGUAUGAGGAAACACUAAUUAAUGAAUUAUAA